UCUACAACUUCUAAAUCACAUCCACUGAACGAAUCACAGCUGAUGGAGAGUUCAGGAAGCAGUUUAUUCAUAGCAUCAAAAUUCAUCUAUAUCGGCCCUACGACAGGAAUUCAACCUAUGUCCUGUGUCGUGCCGUGGCACUGCCUUGGCCUCUGAGCUACGGAGAGCUGCCAAGAUCGAGUGAACGUAUAAGAAUCAUCUAUAUAGACGGGAGUGUAAUGGAAGUGUAUUAGAUAAAGUUCGAAAUGGCCGGAGAAUGUUCAUCGUCAUGGCCUAAAUUAACUUUGGAACCACCUAGGAAAAGAGUGGAAAGUCAUCGUGAUAAAGAGCCGUAUAAUAGCUCUAAAGCAGCUCUACUACAAUCACUGAGUGAAGCAGAAGACACACUUAAACAACUUGGACAUGACGCACUUCGAAAACGAAUUGAAGAUUUGCGUGGAAAAGUAAAAGAUGUUUUAGAAGAUCAAGAAGAAGAAAUAAAGAAUCUUCGACGCGAAGUAAAAGAUUUAACCGAUGAAGUGUCUAGUCUGAAAGCAGAAAAAGACGAGCUGGAGCAAACGCUCGCACUGGCUCAAGUUACGUGGUCAUGGGAAGCACAUCUAGCAAGAUUUGUGGUCGAUCCUAAUGAAAAAAUUUACAAAAAUGGCAGGUUUGAUCAAAUGAGUAAAUAUCUGAAGAAAACAAGUUGGAGGAAUAAUCUUUGGAAGGAAAUACAAGACAAAGUAGCGCAGUGGUCAGGUAGACAUUGGCAAGUAGUUAAAAAUAUAAGAAAGGAGAGAAAUUGUAUUGCGCAUCCAGAUUUAAUUAACUUUGACUAUGUAGAAAGUGAACUUGCCAAGAUUUCUCCCGAAUACCGGAAGAAGAUGAAGACAUGUUGACAUGCUCAAGAUGACAGCUAGCUUAAUGAAGUUUGGACGACUAGCCAGAACUACAAGGACAAGGAUACGCUUUCUAGAGAAUCCCGAAAACGGUUGAGUGAAAUUAUUUCGUGGGAUCGUAAAUUUGAAGAAAUCGAGGGCCUACAAAAUAUGGAACACGAGGAGGCGAAAAAGUACUUGCAAACGUACGUUGGUAAUCCUGGAAAUAUCCAAGAGUAUUUUACCCUCGUCGAUUUAAUCAAAGAUGAAAAUGGCAAACAAUUGGGAAAACUGGCCUGGAAGUUUGCGAAUUCUUAUCCAUCUACCAACCAGGAAACAAAAGAUGCGCUUGAAAAAUUGCAGGCAUUGUACCCAAAAAGUGAGCACAACAAUCGCUACUUUAAAGAAAGAAUCAGUUUUGGAGUUGACGUUGCAAGGCUGCAUAUCCCCGACUUCCUGCCAAAGAAUUUGUGGAAGCGAGGCGUAGAAAUCAUGAAGAAAUAUUUUAAAGAAGGACUUGAUUCUAUAUAAGCUUAUAUUGAUUUAGCUGUGAAUGUUUUGUGCGCCAUUCUAAAAAAGAUAAAAACACACUAUACUCCGUACUCCUUAUAUUUCAAAACGUAUAAAUGAUUUUUUAUGUCAUCAUAAGUGAAUGGCCAAAUAUGAAUAUAGAGUUUUGUUAAUUGAUUAUAGAUAGAAGCAAAUGUUAAUAGUAUAACCAUGUAUGAAA